AUGAUGGCUCCAUUGCCUUGGGCGGGAAUGAAGAAACUUGAGGAAGUUACGAAGACCAAGUUGGAGUGUACUGACGAGAACUCGAUUCCCGACGAGUUUUUCGACAUCAAAGAGGCUGUGACUUUGUGUCUCAUGAGGGGUCUCUACACGGAUGACUUGACGAUGGAAAACGUGGCCGCGGGCAUUAUCAGAUAUUACCUUUCGGUAUGUGGAAUUUAAUUUUUUUUACCUGCGAAUUGGUUUUUAAGCGCAUUUUAUAUUUUGAAAAACUUUCAGACCGUACCGUUGCACGAGCUCCACCUUCCUGUUCGUUUUCCAAGUGCUGAUGUCAAAUUGGUGUCACGUUCAAGUCGUAUGACUAGGAAGACCCGAGAAGACAUUGUAUUUUUUUAA